AUGCAUGGUUUAGAAAGCCCUUCUCCAGAAUCCUACACUUUGACCAUUAGCAAAGGUACGCACUUUUCAGCAGAAGCUGAAAUGACUUCAGAAAGUCGUUCAAUAUCAAUAAAGACGAUAAGCUUAACAGAUGAUGGUCCGGAGACAACAACAGAAUCUUUGACUUCAACCGACAAAGAAACAACGACAACAGAAUUUCUGACUUCAACCGACAAAGAAACAACGACAAUCUCCGAGAUGAAAACAACAGAAUUUCUUACUUCAACCGACAAAGAAACAACGACAAUCUCCGAGAUGAAAACAACAGAAUUUCUGACUUUAACCGACAAAGAAACAACGAAAACAGAAUCUCUGACUUCAACCGACAAAGAAACGACAACAAAAUCUCUGACUUCAACCGACAAAGAAACAACGACAAUCUUCGAGAUGAAAACAACAGAAUUUCUUACUUCAACCGACAACGAAACAACGACAAUCUCUGAGAGGACAACAGAACCUCUUACUUCAACAUUCAAAGAAACUACGACAAUCUUCGAGACGACAACAGAGGCCAAUCAAAGUUCAAAUGGUAUUAUAUCAACAAACGCAUAUUUAACAACAUCAUAUCAAAUGACUGACGAGGUAUCAUCAUAUCCAUCCACUGAUCAAAGCAGUACUGUCAUAAGCACUACAACUUUACACGAAUGUUCAGAUUGUGACUGCAUUGGAAGAACAAAUAUCAGCAGUGGUGUGUACAAUAUAAAUGUUAAUGGAAACUCGGUCAGAGUCUAUUGUGAAAUGAUUCAUGGAUAUAAUUGGAUGGUUAUAUUUAGACGAACUGAAGGAAAUGUGGCUUUUAACCGACUAUGGACACACUAUGAAACUGGAUUUGGAAAAAUUAAUGGGGACUUUUGGAUAGGAUUAAACAAUCUAAGCUAUUAUACAAAUACUGGCUUAAGAGUCAUGCGGAUCGAAAUGGAGGAUGUUGAUGGUUACAGAGGAUAUGCACAAUACAGUAUUUUCCUCGUUGGUGACAUUUCAACAAAAUACAAGCUUACUGUAGCGGGGUAUGGCGGAACAUCAGGCUAUGAUGCCUUCAGCUAUCACAACAAUAUGAAAUUUUCCACGAGCGACCAGGAUAAUGAUGUUUCUCCAAAUAAAAAUUGUGCUUUUGUUAACGGAGAACCUUGGUGGCAUAGAGACUGUGCCAGGAUGAUCUUUACGAGAGACAAUGUCAAUGAACUUGGAUGGUACUAUUGGGACACGGGAAGCUAUAAGCCACUAACGAAGAUAACCAUGAUGGUUCGGAAACCAGAUAUUGUUGAUACAUCAGGAUGUUCAGAUUGUAACUGCGUUGGGAAUUUGACCAGUGAAAGUGGGGUGUAUAAAAUAAAUGUAACUGGAAAGCCAACCACAGUAUAUUGUAAAAUGAAAGACGGGUAUAAUUGGAUGGUUAUCUUCAGAAGAACUAUUGGUGAUGUUCCCUUUAACAAUGUUUGGUCGAGUUAUGAAAAUGGAUUUGGAAAUAAAGAUGGUGAUCACUGGAUAGGUUUGAGCAUAAUUAACCAUUUUACAUCGUCCGGAUGGUGUAGGCUGAGGAUUGAGAUGGAGGAUGUCCUGAGUUAUGUAGGUUACGCCCGGUAUAGGACCUUCCUGGUAGGGGGCGCUUCUGAGGGAUAUAAACUGACUUUAUCAGGAUAUUCGGGCACUGCUGGGUUUGAUGCCUUCAGCUACCACAACAAUAUGAAGUUUUCAACGAAAGAUAAUGACAAUGAUGAGUCGGCAACAACUAACUGUGCCUUAGAGUAUGGUCAUCCGUGGUGGAAUCGAGAUUGUACACGUCUUAAGUUUACCAAAGACGAUUUUAACAACCUCGGGUGGUACAAUUGGUAUACUGGAAGUUAUGAGCAGCUUACGAAAAUCACAAUGAUCCUUCAAAAAGCAGUCAAUUGAUAAACAGAAGUUUAGGUUGCAUUGCUAUUUAAAAGCGACUGU